CAAAUCUGCAACAUAAAUCUUGGUGUCGAUAAAGGUUCGUGUUUAAACGGCUCAAUAGAAAACCAUCUACAGUUAAACCAUCGGCUAUUUCUUAACUCGCCAGAAUUCUUAACAGUAAUAAUUCUUAAACCGAUAUUUGUUUGAUUGACGGCUUAGAUUCUAAAUACAGAUUUGCUGACUAGCUUUAGUUAAAAAGAACAUGUACAUUCAUGUAAUAAGAUUGUCUUAUCGGCUUCUUAUCUCCGAGAACUAAUCACAAUUGGAGAAAUUAAGGUCGACAGAAGUGCCAAAAAUCUGAAUUUUGAGAGGAAACUAGUUUCUCUACCAGUUGGACAAACAUUAGAAUACAGUUCUUCAAUUCAAAUCCGAAUAUUUGUAUAUUAUUUUAGUGGUUUUCGGUUUAAGUUUAUGUAAACUGAAUAACAUACUUAUGAUGAGCAUGCCUCUAGGCAUAACACGACCACGGUGGAUUAGAUACACGGUAAUUUUUAUUUCGAGUGAAAAAAUUGUUCUUACUUGAACCUCUAAAUCCGCUCAACGAUUUACUGUAGCCGUGUACAUUGUAUAAUGGAAUAAUAUUAACCGCUUUAGCUAUUCACUACACAACUAGAGGUUUUGUGAUUUCGAAUCGGCAGGCGUGGCGAACAUGAGUGGGAAAAAACUUAUUCUCGACUUUGCCAGUUGUUUCAUAGCGCAUUAACAGAAGACAAGUUCUAUAUCUCGGGCGCGCCAGUCACUAGGAAUUAACUCACCGAUAGAUAUAUAGAGAGUGUGCGAGUGUGUAACAUUACAGCGGUUACAAGGGAAAACUAAUGUGAAGCCAUCUCUUACCCGAUAAAAGUAAAAUCAAAGUAGGAAUCACUCAUCCAUAGCUCGGGAGUGAAAAUAUCGCCUAGACUGUCGAUCUUCAGUCAUCGAACACAUUGGAUCGAUCAAAAGAGAACGUCGUUUGCAUGCGAUAGUAGUAAGAGCGUGGCUAGUUUGUUCUUGUGGUUAACUUGUUCCGUUACUAAGAGCUAUACGUGAACAGCGGGGACAGUACCAUGUCUUUUCAAAAUGCUCCUAGUUGAAUUGAGUAAAAGUGUGAGAUUACUAAAGAUGGAGUGUUAUGUAAGACUGGAAUAAAAACUAACUACAUUGAUACACCGAUUCAGUGGAAUGGCGGAUUCGGCACGAGACGUUAGUUUUGUGUAUGACAACAUUUCGCGGCAAAAUGUGACGGAUCUAAUAGUGGAUAUGUUUACAAAUGUCACAACCACGAGCUCUAAUGUCAAUGAUUCCGCUCCACAGGAUACCGGCCCACCGCCAGCACCGUAUCCCCUAUGGGUAGAAAUAAUUAUUGCGGUUAUUAUUGUUUGUUUAAUAAUAGGCACGGUAGUGGGAAAUUCUUUGGUGUGUAUUGCUGUGGGGAUCGUGAAAAGAUUGCAGUCACCCUCCAACUUACUUAUCGUUUCUCUAGCCGUGUCGGAUUUGCUAGUGGCCCUACUGGUAAUGCCCUUUGCCAUGUUCCUGGAUAUUAAAGGGGCGUGGUUAAUGGGUGAUGCGUUAUGUGAUGUUUGGACUUCGUUGGAUGUUAUGCUGUGUACUGCGUCAAUUCUCAAUCUGUGCAUGAUAAGUGUUGAUAGAUAUUUUGUGAUUACGAGACCAUUUCAAUAUGCCAUGAAGAGGACGCCUAAAAGAAUGCUUCUCAUGAUCGCAGUAGUGUGGGUUUCAUCUGGUCUGAUAUCAAUUCCACCAGCAUUUGGUUGGAAGACUGAAAGACCUGCCUAUGUUUGUUUAAUUAGCCAAAAGUUAGGGUAUCAAAUCUAUGCAACUAUAGGUGCCUUCUAUUUGCCUCUUGCGGUAAUGAUCGUGGUCUACUUUAAGAUUUGGAGAGUGUCUUCGCGAAUAGCCAAGGCGGAAAAUAGGUCGAAGGUAGGAAGUUUUGAUAAAGGUGUCGAAUUUCAGGUGGGUCGUCGCUCUAAAGACAGUGGCGACAGUCACACGCUACCCAAUGGUACCCUGACGGUGCCAGGGUCGGGGGAAGACGACGAAAUAUUACCAAAGAAACAAAACUCAAUGAAAAGACGGCGUUUAAGCCGCUUUAAUUUCAAAUCGCUCUUACCACGGAAUCAGAGGAUGAACCAUUCUUUGGAGAGUAAGGCAACAAAAACAUUGGGCAUCAUAAUGGGGGGAUUUACGGCCUGUUGGCUACCGUUCUUUAUUUUAGCUCUUGUGCGGCCCUUUUGUGGCGCCGAAGAAGAACAUUGCCAAAUACCUUAUUGGCUAACUAGUGCUCUUAUGUGGUUAGGUUAUGCUAACUCAUUUUUAAACCCCGUUAUUUACGCACGUUUCAACAGAGAAUUUAGGACUCCGUUUAAGGAAAUUCUAUGUUUUCGGUGUAAAGGAAUUAAUACUCGAAUGCGAUCGGAAAGUUACGUGGAACAAUAUGGCCACCCUGAUCCUUCAUAUAAGGACAGUUUAAAACCAACAACGGAUACGGUAGUGAAGUAUAACAGCCACGGACAGACGGUGGUGGCGCUAGGUAACGGCUCGGCUAAUGGGCAAAGUGAAAGUAGAAUCUAGACUGUCCACAGAAUAAUUGUUAUUCCUGGACCGUUUAAUAACGAUGUGAAAAACAUUUUCUUUCAUAAAAUAUGUGUAUCAAAUCGUUGUCCAGUCCAUGUCCCAUUUGAUGAUACAAUUGUGAUAGUACUCUUUUGAAUAUCUUGAAUCGGGGCGUUGCCUGGCUACAAAACUCAAAAGCCCCAGUAUAACACUUAUGUCACUGGCAAUAAAUAUUUAAAUAAUUAUAAAGGUGAUAAUCUCCCGCGGAAUAAUUUAAUAAUGUGAUUUUUUUAUGAGAAAAAAGACGGACAGAAACACCAUCUGUUUAUUAGAUAAGUAAUUGAAUAUAUCAUGGUGUGUUACUUUCGUGCUGUGCUCAGAUGAAUUGAUAUAAUGAUAAAUUCCUGGAAGUAGAAUUUAGAUUGGCACCAUGUGGGAACUAUUUGUUUACAUCGUGAUUUUUUUUUUGUAUCGUGUGAACUUUGACCUUGUACAAAUCGAUGCCCUUUCCCGGGGUUAAAACAGGGUCUCUGCUGAAGAAAUUGUUCUUCCAUGUGAACCAAUACUGCUGAAAUUCCGAUCUUCUGCACCCUUCAACGGUCUGGUAGUUCCAGGUAUCUGACUCGAGGAAUUUGAAUUUCAAAUGAAUUGGAUUAUCAACCAAUGAGAUUACAGUUUACAAAGAAUUAAUGUGCACGAUAACUCAGCACAUAUGGUCACGUAAGUUAUAAAGAAAAGUCAAAAUAUUUAGUUUGACAGAAUUUCCCAAAAUAAAAUGAAAUCACAAAUGAAAACAAUUCUAAAGAAUUUAAUGAAAAGAUGUAAAAAAUUGAUUUAAUUUACUAAUAUAAUUAGUCGAAGAGGUGCAAUUCAAAUUAACAGCUUGGGUUGUUUUCCCGCCCUUUGUGUGAUAAUGAUGUUAUUUAUUAACUUAUUAACGCUCACGUGUUGUUUUAUUGGUACAUAAUAAGAGUAUAGAAUUGUUAAGUUAUCAUUGUUAACUGUAUUAAGGUUCCCAUUAUUAUAAUAAGUAAUAUAUUUAUAUCUACCAUUUGUAAAUACGGAAUGAAUGGACCUUUAAAGAAUGAAUGAAUGGAAGAAUGGACGAAUGAAUGAACGUAUUCAUAUAAUAUGUUUUGUAUAGUUUUUUUUAUAUUUUAGUUUAAAGCUAAACCCUUCUUUAACAGUUUUAUGAUCGUUUUCAUUGUUAAAGAAAUUUGUUUUAAAUUUUGAUUUAAUUUUUUUAUUAUGUUAGUUUCUUCAAAAGAAAUAAUUCUUUAAAUGCCAAAACUGUA